UCAGCAACGUUCCGUGAAGAAAUUCGGCUGAACGGAUUGAUCGUGUUUAGGGCCAAGUGUUUACGACAGGCUCCUGCACAUCCGAGAUCGGAUACUUCCGGAUACGAUUGAAUCGAUUCGAUACGAUCGAGACGGUAACCUGCUUUAACAAAAAGGUAAAAAGAUUUUUCUUAUUCUUUUAUACGAUUCUCGGUUGAGUUACACGGCGCUUUAGGACUUCGAAAUGCGCCAUAUGAUUUCAUUGGUCGGGAAACACGAGAGCUUACUGAACGAGUUGAAGACGCGUUUCAAAGUGAGUGUCCUCCUCCGUCGCUUUCGAAUUCCAGUUUUCACGCGUAAUUUUUCCACGUCAGAAUUCACUGAUCGCGGACUUUUACGCGUACUUCCGAGAACCCUGGGCUAUGGCGAUCUUCCACGAUAGAUUCGAAUGCCUCCGCGUGGAAAAUCGAGCUCUACUCUUGUCAAAGACGGUAAAAGAUGAAACGAUAGAAACGAAACGAUCGACUGAAAGGACAAUGAAAAUAUUUUUCUCGCGACAGGCGAUUCCCGGUCAAUCCCUGGUCAAUGAUUGCAUACGCGCCCUAGUACAGUCCAAAUGGAACCCGAUAGAAGAGGACGAUCGUCAUACCAUACAGUCGAGAUUCGCUGGUUCGGUGUAUCAGCAGGAGAUCGAGGAAAAUGUGCUGGAAUUCCUGCAGUUCUGCGAAGAGGAUAUACCGGUGUACUGUACGCCUGGAAAGUUGCGCGAAUUCUAUGCACACAUCGAGGACAGUCCUCUGUAUAAAGAUCUCUAACCAGCUCUUCGAUCCUGUCACCGCCAAUUUCUAUUUCACGCUUCCUCGGACAAACAAGCACGAAAUAAACACGUCGUAAGAUAAUCCCGUGCUUUUUCCUCGAUAAAUUUGCCCGUCUAGCUCGGAUUUUCGAGUCGCGCGAGACUUCCACGAAAACCGCAAACGCGUUGCCAGGCGAUCGCGUUACGGAUCGACGAGCAAACGUUUUCUGAUUUUGAGAGCGAGUUUCCGAUCCGAAGACGUCCUCGAUCGCCUCGCCCGUGCCUAUUUACUUGGCAUGCGAUCCGAUCUCUGGGUCAAGUUUAACAUUCCUACGACUUGCUCCAUAAACAUACAGCUCAAGGCGGCGUUUAUCUGCCACCUACGCAUCGUGAAACAACAAAAUACGCGUUACGGAAUGCCACGGCACGCCUGUUAAACGCGAAAUCGCGCGUCGAUUUGGCACUCUCUCUCUCUCUCUCUCUCUCUGGAGGACAGAGCUACCUGAACUCGAAGAGAAAGCUUCCUCGAAAGGAAGUCGAGUUUGGAACCAUUCGUCUCACGAAUCAACGACGACGAGUUAUUACUCGCGACGAAGGGUAGCUAGGUACAAGUUGUAUCUAUUUCUCGUGCUACCAAUGUUAACCAAUGUUAAACCGGCGAUUUAAAUAAAGAGUAUCGAGAUGUCUUAUCAAUUACACGGCACAGGAAAGCGGCCAAAUGCUUUACGGCUUAAUGGACCGGUGAUUCACAAGCGGAUACAGAACCUUAUAAUU